AUGCCAGCAAAGCAAAUUAUCUUUGACGAAGAAGCAAGGGUGGCGCUCAAGCGCGGUGCGGAUACACUCGCUGAUGCCGUGAAGGUUACCCUUGGUCCCCGUGGCAGAAAUGUUGUCAUUCAAAAAUCUUUCGGGGCACCGCUGGUAACAUGCGAUGGUGUCACCGUCGCAAAGGAAAUUGAACUCCCGGACCCCUAUGAAAAUAUGGGUGCCCAGUUACUCCAAUCUAUUGCAACCAAAACAAACGAUGUCGCAGGCGAUGGAACUACCACUGCUACCUUGCUGGGUCAGGAAAUCCUGCAUGAGGGUCUCAAGAACGUCACUGCCGGUGCCGACCCAAUGCAGUUGAAGAUCGGUAUAGACAAAGCUGUCGUCGCUGCUGUUGAUGCGAUUACCGCACGGAGCCGUGCUGUUAAUACACAUGAGGAGAUUUUACAGGUAGCCUCAAUCGCAGCCAAUGAUCCCGCAAACGACAGUAAUAUCGGUGCUACCGUCGCUGAAGCUCUUGAAAAAGUUGGAAAAGACGGGGCUAUCACUAUUGAGGAAGGCAACACCUCAGAAACGGCCGUUGAUAUUGUUGAAGGUAUGCAGUUUGAUCGCGGUUUCCUCUCACCGAAUUUUGUAACUGACAUGCAGGCACAGGUGGUCGAAUUUGCGAAUCCUUAUAUUCUCAUCAAUACCGAGAAAAUUUCCACAGUGACGGAUCUUGUGCCAAUUAUGGAGAAGGCGAUGCAACUCGGCAGACCCUUGUUCAUUAUCGCUGAGGAUAUUGAAGGGGAGGCACUCUCUACAUUGGUGGUGAAUAAACUUCGUGGCAACCUUCAAGUUGCCGCCGUUAAAUCCCCCGGUUUCGGUGAUCGACGUAAAGAGAUGUUAGAAGACAUCGCGAUUCUGACGGGUGGUCAAGUCAUCUCUGAAGAGACGGGCAUCCGUCUGGAAAACAUCGUUGUGGGCAUGCUCGGAACAGCCCGACGUGUCGUUGUUGACAAGGAUAACACCACAAUCGUUGACGGUAGUGGUGCCAAAGAGAGCGUUGAAGGGAGAGUCGCACAGAUUCGGACGCAAAUAGAGGAAACGGCUUCCGAGUAUGACCAAGAGAAGUUGGAAGAACGGCUCGCUAAACUCGCAGGUGGUGUCGCUGUUGUCAAUGUUGGUGCGGCUACGGAAGUCGAGAUGAAAGAGAAGAAGGCUCGAUUUGAAGAUGCUCUCGCCGCAACGCGCGCUGCAGUUGAAGAAGGCAUAGUCCCGGGUGGGGGUAUAGCACUUUUACGAGCCGCAGCGUCCCUUAGCGAUUUGGAACUGGCGGGAGACCAGGAAACAGGGAUCAAUAUUAUCCGCCGCAGCUUGCUCUCACCGGUGCGUGCUAUUGCAGAGAAUGCAGGUAUGGAAGGUUCGGUCGUUGUUGCCAAAGUACAGGAAGGUGAAGGGAAUUACGGUUUCAACGCCGCAACAUCUGAAUAUGGCGACAUGCUUGAAGAAGGGGUUGUUGACCCGACAAAAGUUGUCCGAUCCGCCCUGCAGAACGCUUCCAGUAUCGCAGGCCUGCUGUUGACGACGGAAACGCUCAUUACAGAGAUUGAAGAGCCACCGGAUGCUGAUGCCGCUGCUGCUGAUCCGCACGCUGGACACUUCCAUUAG